AUGCAGAAGAAAACUUAUCCAUUGAUCCAGAUAAUGAAAUGGCUACCAAGGAACUUCAGCAGGCAAUAGAUAUAUUGCAUGUUCGUAGUCCAAUUUCGAUAAAAGACCUAUUAGAUCUUGAAAAAAAAGUGGAAGUACAUCAGCAGUUUGAUGAUGAAGAUUUUAUUGAAGCAGCAACAGAGGUAGAACAGAUAGAAAAUGAAAUUGUAAUACCACUCUUAACCGGAAAAGAACAGUUAGAAAUUUUGCGCAAUGCUUUGAGGAUUGUGGAGGAGAGGAUUGAGGAUGGUGGUGUAACUAUGAGGUCCUUGCGCAAGCUACAAUCACGUAUUCACGAGGAGGUCCGGAAAGAAGAAACUGAAAAACAGGUUCAAUCUACGUUGGAGCGAUUCUUUUCUAGGCCUGAAUAA